AUGGAUAAUCUGCUGUUAGGUUUGGGUUCGGAGGUCCGCGAGUUGAAAUUGGGGGCCACGUUCACCCAUCCAUCCGCGCAAACCGCAUAUCAUACUUUAAAAUACGACUUCAAACCAGCCAGUGUAGACGUCAGCAAAUCAGCAACGCUUGAGGUUGGAUCCAACAAAGAAGUGACAGUUACCGUGCCACAUCUGGAUGGCUCCGGAGUUCCCAAUACGGUGUUCAAGGGGAACCAACAGGAUUACAGCAUGAAGGAUUGUGUGCUCAUUAUCGACCACGCCACGGGGGAAAUUACGCUCGAGAGACUGUGUAGUAAUGUGCAAGUCAAGAAGACAAGAACUGAAGGCAAAAUCGUUCAGCCUCCUCCUCAACCAGCUUCGAUUAAGAUGGAAAAUCCCACUGCCAGACGAAGCUCCAAAACCAAGGUCACCACCGGUCAUCGCAAGAACGGUCUCAUCGAUCUCGCACCAAAACAUUUACCCUUACGAAAUUCGCCGUACUGCCGCCCACACAAGAUUCCACAGGAACCGGCCUGGAGUGCCAGCAAUUCGCAACACUCAUUGCCGAGUCUUCCAAUCAUCGGCAUGGAUGAAAGUGAUUUUAUCUCUGUGCCUUCGUUACCAGAACCAACGACACAGGAGCAAAAGCAGCGACAGGAACAACAAAUGUACAAUGCAACUAUAACUGCAAGCCUCGCUAAUAACAAUAAUAACAAUGCGGCUUCAAUCGAGGUUAACCUGCCUAAGACACAAGUUGCUAUAAUGAGUUCGUCUGAAUCUAGUGAUUCGAGUAGCAGUAGUUCUGAUUCAGACACCGACAGCAGUUCCGAGUCGGACAGCUCUUCGGAGGACGAAAAUGAUUCUCCGAUGAAAGGACAAAGCUGGGCAGAAGUGGUCAACCAUGCUAAUAUGGUUGUUAAAAACCAGUUGACCAUGGAUCUGUACCUGUCAGAGUCCGACUCGGAUUAG